CUUUUUUGCGCAGCCCUUGACUUUUUGGGGGAGAAAUGAAACCGGAAGUUGCAAAGCAACACUCACGUUGGGGCUCGAGAUACUAUCUAAUUUCGACUAGCUACUUUCGGUUCAUGUCCUUUGCUGAUACCACAUUCCUGACAAGUUUGUACGUAUAAAAAAAUAUAUGUAAACGAGUAAAGGCAUACAUAAAGUAAGAAUUUAACGUGUACAUGUUGAUUCAUAGUCGUAACAUAGGGUUUGUACGUUUACAAAUGUAAUUUAACGGUUACGUUUCAUGUUUCACGGAUCGCUUUUCUUACAAUCCUAACAAUUUCCGUAUGAUCAAUCUACUUGCACCCGCUGCAAAACACUCCUACCUUGGCGCCCGGGACAUAUUAAUCGAAUCUCCUCAAGAGUGCCACAAAUUCACGGAAGUUGAUUUGGCGAUGGUCUGGACUGACAAAAUCUGGACCUAUAAUAGACGUCUAUUUUUGGGCCAGGGCGGACCAUAUCUAAAGUUCAAGCAAAUAUGAUCAAAAUAUAGGAGUCGGAGCGUGCAUGUAGUGUCGUCUACGUAUUCUCCUCGAUCGACUGAUUUGCUCUUUCUAACAGGGUCAACGACAAAUAAUAGCCAGGCUACUUCAUAAUAUGGAAGUUUUCAAAUACCCUGUUUUCUUCGAGUGCCAGACUCUGGACCCACCACAGAAACAUAUGAUAAAAAGGUACUUUGGAAUUAAACGUAAAUCUGGUGGCGGAGAUUGUGGACCAGUAGAAUCAGUUGGUGACAAAGUCUACAAGAUCGCAUUUAUUGACCAGACAGUCCAGGAGAGGGUACUUCAGAAACCUAAUCAUGUUUUGGAGAUGCCUGGAGGACCUCUCUUCCUCACUCUGAGAGACAGCCUGGAGCCGCCACCCACAACAACCUCCCCAGUCAGUAGUCAGAGUCACCACUCCCUCCCGUUCGACACAUCUCCACCUGGUGGUCAAGAACAUGUACUCCAUCAUCUGAGCACAGGGAAGCAGGAGAAGAUCAGGACCACCUGUCAUCUGGGACAGGUCCAGCUCCUUCUUCUAGGUGAAGUGAUAGAGAAGGAUCUAGGUGAGGUUGUUCCAGGGGUGAAGGUGACGCGCCUUGACUCAGCUCAGCUGGUCCUGCAUGGCUACGCAAAUGAAGUCCAGGCAGCCAGACAGUUGGUUACGGAUAAGAUCUCUCUGGUGCUGGAGCGGGUGGUGCCUGAGGUGUCCCGCCACCUCCUGUCCUUCCUGAGGGAGGAGUAUGGGAGGCCUGGGAACCUGAGCAGUCUGCUGGGGUUGGGACUCCAUGUGGAGGUAGAGUUGGGGGAUACAGAGCUCCGUCUGUUCUCCCUCUCCUCUGGGAAACUGGACCAGGCUGAGAAGGAUCUGCUGGGGGAGUUUGGGGAGGAGAAGAUUGACGUGCCCAACGGUGCCCUCCUGGCUGAACUGAAAUCUAAGCUUGAGACGAAGGUGAAGGAGAUGAACCAGAGCAGAUGCAGGGUGGUAGCCAGGUAUGGUCCUGGGUGUAGAGUGCAGCUGCUGGGCCACAUGAAGGAGGUUCAGGACCUGAGGGACGAGAUUGGGUCCUUUCUGAUGGGCAGGUCCAGUGUAAGAGUCGUGAGACACCAUCAACAGAAUCAGGAUGGCGUAGUCAGCGAAGCAGGAACCGGAUCUAUACAGGAGGAGAUGGUCGCAGCCACCAGCUAUCGCCUCCGUCUGGGACUGCAGGUAGUUGUUUGUCAAGGUGACAUCACCAAGGAACAGGUGGAUGCGCUGGUGAACGCAGCCAAUGAGGACCUGGAUCAUGCUGAGGGCGUGGCUGCAGCUCUGAGCCGGGCGGGGGGGCCUGAGGUACAGCGGGCCAGCAGGGAUCUGGUUAGGCAGAUAGGUAGAGUGCCCACAGGUACAGUGGUAGAGACUACAGGGGGGAAUCUGCCUUGUAAGAUGCUGCUGCAUGCAGUGGGACCAGUAGGGGGCAGCGUAGGUGGGAAUGAGCGCCCUCUGCUGGAGAAGACAGUAAAGGCAGUCCUGGAUCUGGCAGAGACCAUGGAACUCCAGACCCUGGCCAUGCCCUGCAUCAGCUCAGGGAUAUUGGGCGUUCCUCUGAAGGUGUGUUCUGAGGCCAUAGUCUCUGCAGUGAGGGACUUUGGGAGGAAACAGCACAUCCUUACCAAGGUCACUCUGAUUGAUGUGAGUGGAGAGGCAGUGAGAGCCAUGCAGGAGGCCUGUGAUAGGCUGUUAGAGGGGAAGAGGGAGUUUCCUGGAUGGGAGGUAGAGUCCAGCACCACCACUACCACUACACAUGCUCCUCAGAGAGACACCACUGCUGCCUCCCCCAGGGGAUCAGCUGCUCCAGAGGUCUGUGUCCAGGUGGAGAUCAUCCAGGGAACCAUAGAGAAACAGCAGGUGGAUGCCCUGGUGUCCCCCAUGGUUGGCAGUGACCCUCUCUCCUCCCGUGUUGGUAAUGCGUUGUUGGAGGCAGCUGGAGCAGGGAUGAUGAAAGCGUUUGCGAGGAAAUCAGGGGGACGGACUGCACCUGGUGACAACGUCCUAGUGGAGGGACUGUCUGGUCUCAGCUCUGGCCGUGUCUUCUUCCUCAGAUGUGCACACUGGGACAACAACCCCCAAGGACCAGCAGUACAGGCUCUGAGGCAGGGUGUGAGGAAAAUUUUGACCUCUUGUGAGAACCGGGGCUUCCGUUCCGUUGCCUUCCCUUUAGUUGGAACUGGUGUGGUUCUCCAGUUCCCUGACAAUGUGGUAACACAGGUUCUGCUAGAAGAGAUCCGUACGUAUGAGCAGAACCGAGCAAGCAGAACCCCCUUCCUUGUCCGCAUCAUUGUCCAUCCAAAUGACAGAGAUUCUACCAAGGCUUUUCAGAAUGCCCAGAAUGCUUUGCAUCUCAGAGGGUUCGUAUUAGGCACUCGACCAGAGCAAGACAUCAGGAUUGUGCUGCUGGGGAAAACCGGAGGAGGUAAAAGCAGUGCUGGAAACACCAUCUUCGGACAAGAUGAUGUGUUCCUCGUAGACAGUUCCUCCAUCUCCGCAACACAGAAAUGUAAAGCUCAUACCAAGAACAUCAAAGGGAGAAACAUCACCCUGAUUGACACACCUGGAUUGUUUGACACUGACAUCCCUGAAGAGGAGCUGAAACCUAAAAUAGUUAAAUGUAUAACAGAAUGUGCUCCAGGGCCACAUGCCUUUCUCAUUGUACUGAAAGUUGAACGGUACACAGUCCACGAGAACGAAGCCGUAGCGAAAAUCGAGACAUAUUUUUCACCAGAGGCCUUCAAAUAUGCUACAGUCCUCUUCACUCAUGGUGACCAGCUCAAUGGUUUGACCGUUGAGAAGUUUGUCCAACAGAAUGCUGAACUGAACAAGCUCGUGGAGAAAUGUGGAGGCCGCUAUCACGUAAUCGACAACAAAUACUGGAACACCAAUCAGCAGGGUCAGUACAGCAACCAGUACCAAGUAGCAGAGUUACUCAACACCAUAGAGAAGAUGGUGAGAGAUAACGGAGGAGGGUUCUACACCAACGAGAUGCUCCAAGAGGCAGAGAGAUUAAUACAAGCAGAGAUAGAGGCUCUUAGGAAGGAGUUAAAAGGCCAGAUGUCAGAGGAAGAGAUGAGAAAACAAGCCAAGAAAAGAGCAAUGAAGAAACUCCUGAUCAAAUGGUCAGGGAUAGCAACAGGUGCAGUGGUAGGAGCUUUUCUUGGGGUGGCACUGGUGAUAGGGAUCCCACUUCCAUUCGCUACAAAACCACUGGUUAAUUUAGUCAAACGUCAGAUAGCAGCUUCAAUGACAAUAGGGCCAGCAGCCGUGACAAAGGUAGUACGACCAGUACUUGUAGCAAAGAAAGGGGCGACCAUGAGAGGAGAUUCAAAGACAGGUGCAGGGGUAGGCAUAGCUGCAGGAGUUGUCGUUGGGAUGGCCGCAAUAGCAGGAGGAGUAAGAGGAGGGAUAGUAGGAGCUACUGCAGCAGAGGAGGCAGAGACAGUACAGGAGGCAGCAGAGAAAGCAGCCAAUGCUGUCUACCAUGAUGCUACGCGUCUUCAUGACCAAGCAGGACACCUUCUGCUAAGGGACAGUAACUCUAAGUAGAUGAGAUAUUAUUAUUAUUAUUAUAUAUAUAUUUUUAACCUUUUAUUUAACCAGGCAAGUCAGUUAAGAGCAAAUUCUUAUUUUCAAUUACGGCCUAGGGGUGGGUUAAUGACAGAUCUUUACCUUGUCAGUUCAGGGAUUCGAUCUAGCAACUUUUCGGUUACUGGCCCAACACUCUAACCACUAGGCUACCUGCCGGCCCACUCAGUGAGCUGUACUCUGCCAUAAGCAAACAGGAAAUGCUCAUUCAGAGGUGGCGCUCCUAGUGUACAAUAGCUGCUUGUCCAACAUAUGUAGCUGCUUGUCCAAAUAUAUAUAUAUAUAUAUAUAUAUAUAUAUAUAUAUUUGAUAGUUUUUUUAAAAAUCAAGGGAUAUGGUAGCACAUAGGACUGUGGCAGUCAUGAAAUGUUGUCAGUGGGUCAUUGUCAUGCAAAAGACUGCUGGUCUCACUGUAAUUGACUAUUAAUGAACAUAAACACGUUUAGCAUUUGGAUGCCUCCACUCAUACCAGCUGAUACAAGCCACUGAUGUGCACUUUUGGAACAUCUACAUUUAAAAAGUUUAAAUCAAUUGAAUUUACACCAAAGCAAUAAACCUAUUAUUUAUUUUAGGAAGGUCUAUAUAAACAUUAUGAUAUGAAGAAAAUGUAUUUCAGAAAAACAGAAUGUUAUCUGGCAAAAUGCCCCAUCUGGCUAUGCGCCAUACCAUAGUCUGUAGGCUUGUUCAUUUAGCAGACAAGAUAUGCUUGAGUCCCGUUCCAAUAGUUUAUAACAUGUGAUUUUAUAGUAAGAUUAAUGUAAUUGAACUUAGCCGAAUAAAAUAGAUAGGAUAUUUGUCAUAUUCUGGAGCGAGUGCGCAUAUGAAGUGGCUAUGUUGAGCGUAAAAGUGAUCAUUUGAAGCAGGUCCUAAAGAGGUAUAUUGUACAAACCUUAAAAAUCCAAAUAUAUGGACUGCAUGAUGCGACUUUAGGCUAUUGAUGAUUUGAGAAAGUCGCAAAAAAACUUGGCGCUCCGGUCCUUGCCUGUGGCUGCACAAGCUGUUCUCUCAUAUUUUUAUUUAGUAUUAUUUUUUUCACCCACAGUUUAAUCUUGCCUUUACUAAUAUGUCAAAUUAAUUUAAAUUUAGAAUGGGCCAUUAUCAAAUGGGCAGGAACAGAGGCGGGGAAGUAUGUCAUCAGUAUGCACUCGAAUAGCGAAUAGAAGCCGCUUUCCUGACAGUAUUAUAAUUAUUUUUUUAACUACUGACGUAGGCUACUCGUUUUUUCACCCCACACAUCAACCACCAAACUCUGUAUGCUAUGGGCUCUCCAACCCGGUUCCUGCAGCUAACAAGUGCUUAAUUUGGCCAACCAAGUUAAAUCUGUGCGGAAAAUUUAAAGUAACAUGUUUUAACAACUAAACAUAAUUAAUUAAACUGUUGACAGCCCCUCUCUCAGCGUGCUCCAAUAAGAAAUGAAGGAGAGAUGGAGAUGGAAAUGCACGGUGGUGAGUUAGUCUGUAGCUAAAGGUAAUGUGUCAGUCAGCCUAUUAGUUAUUUAAAAAAACUAUUACUAGCCUAUUCAAAAUCAAGUACAAAUGAUCUAUAAUUGUUGACUAACUGAAUUUGAAUAGGAUAGACCAAUUAUGUACCAUAGACAUCAUAAAAUCGUUUUUUUUUUAAAUGUUUUUUUGACAUGCAUAUCAUGUGGUAGGCUAUGUGUUGUAUAAUGGCACAAUCAUUAUUUAAAUGCAGGGUUUUUUUGGGCUUGGCCUCAUAUAUAUGAGUAUUGUGUAUGCAUACGCACUUAUAUGUGUGUUUUUGAAUUAAUCAUCACCUUAGCGCUAUCCAUUUCAUUGUGUUAGGCUUUGAAGCGACAUCCACAUCCAUAUUUUCCACUCAGUUUCAACCUGUCGUUGAACCUCUUUCUUCAAACUGAUAGAUCAAAUCACAUUUAUUUGUUACAUACACAUGGUUAGCAGAUGUUCAUGCGAGUGUAGUGAAAUGCUUGUGCUUCUAGUUCCGACAAUGCAGUAAUAUCUAACAAGUAAUCUAAUUUAACAAUCACAGUGAGAUGAGUUUUAAAAGCACAUACUGUUUUGAUGAUGUGUUUGAUGUGAUUUUCGAUUGCAUUUGCAUUGAUUUCAGAGUGGUUAGAGGGACAAUAGAGCAAUCUGAUGACCGCGAGUUGUGUACUACCAGACCGCACAAAGGGAGAUUACCGUGACUCUAAGGUCACAUGGCAUUUUACUGCGUUCAUGACUCAUGACAGCCAGUGUGGCGGUAAUAUAGUCACCGCAACAGCCGUAGAAAAUGAUUAUAUAUUUUUUUCUGGGCCAUGACCAUCCAUAGGUUUAUGGUUCACACAUCUGAAUUAUUUUAUUUUAUUUCACCUUUAUUUAACCAGGCAGGCCAGUUGAGAACAAGUUCUCAUUUAAAACUGCCACCUGGCCAAGAUAAAGCAAAGCGACACAAACAACAACACAGAGUUACACAUGGAAUAAACAAACAUACAGUCAAUAACACAAUAGGAAAAAAAUAUAUAUACAGUGUGUGCAAAUGAGGUAGGAUUAGGGCGGUAAGGCCCUAGUGGGGAAAUAAUUACAAUUUAGCAAUGAAACAUUGGAGUGAUAGAUGUGCAGAAGAUGAAUGUGCAAGUAGAGAUUCUGUGGUGCAAA